UGCGACAUUACAGUAUUAUCAAUAUUCCUAUGUUGUUGCACAUUUUGACCUUAGUAAUCUCUCACUUCUAAUGGACAGUUUGGGUCUUGCCCUGGCGAACACGCUUGCUUUUCUUAAGCUGCUUACUCUGCGGUGGAAUCGUCGGAUAUUCCAUAAUAUCCUAACGGCGAUGGAGAGAGACUGGAGCAAUUGCGGUUCCUGCGAGUCCAUCAUGAUGACGGUUAAGAGUCUGUCGCGUCAUUACUCUAUCGUGCUUAUCGGCGUCCAUGCUUUAGCCGCUUUCUUCUUAUCAGUUGCUGCUUAUGUGUUUCGUGCACUGAGCGCGAGUGACGAUUUUCGAGAACUUCCAGUAAAAAUGGAAUUUUCUUUCGAGGUGACCAAAUCGCCGCUUUUCGAGUGUCUCCUGAUUGGACAGUUUCUUUAUGAAUUGUCGUUGGCUUCUGUGGCCGGUAUGAUUAAUGCGUUACUAGCCACCUUGGUGCUUCACGUGGGUGGCCAGAUCGACAUUAUGCGGCAAGCAAUAAUAGAAAUGUCCAGCAGCACCAGCCCUGACAUAUCUCUAACUGUAAUCAGAAAUCUCAUUCACAAACAUCGGAAAAUUAUCACUUUGUCGGAAGAUAUCGAAAACCUAUUCUCGUCCAUAUCACUGAUGCAACUCUUAUGGAAUACUUUAAUCAUUUGCUGCGCCGGUUUUAUGAUCAUAAUUACUCUUAGCCACAAAAGCACAGCGGGUUUAAUAAAAUCGGUGCUUCUUUACGUCGCAAAGACGUUAGAAGUUUUCGUAUUUUGCUACGCAGGAGAGUACUUAAGUGCCAAGAGUAGAUCGAUUAGCGAUGCAAUAUAUGAGUCACUUUGGUUCAACAUGGAACCAUCUAACAGUCGCGUUUUAUUAUUCAUAAUGGUGAGAUCACAAAAGCGAUUAACUAUUACUGCAGGGAAAAUCUUUGAUCUCACUCUGGAAGGAUUUAUGAGCGUCAUGAAAACUUCAGCUUCUUAUAUGUCUGUGCUACAUGCGAUGUAUUAAAUCGAGAAAUCUCGUUUAUCAACAUCAAUCUUAAGAAAUAUUCCGUG